GGAUCAGGGCGGUGCGCGGCAGGUUCGAAGCACCGGCGGGCCGGCGGCCGAGGAGGCGGCGGUGGCGGAGGCGGCGCGGGGCGCGAGGCGGCGACGACCACGCUCGGGCCGGGUCCUCGCUGCUCUCGGCGGCGGCGACGGCGCCAUGGACGAGGCGGUGGGCGACCUGAAGCAGGCGCUGCCCUGCGUGGUUGAGGCACCCACUGUCCAUGUGGAGGUGCACCAGCGGGGCGGCAGCACUGCAAGAAAAGAAGACAUAAAGCUGAGUGUUUGGAAGCUGCUCAACAGACACAACAUUGUGUUUGGUGACUACGCGUGGGUGGAGUUUGAUGAGCCCUUCCUGACCAGGAAUGUGCAGUCCGUGUCCAUCGUUGACACAGAAUUAAAGGUCAAAGAUCCGCAGCCCAUUGACUUGAGCUCAUGCAAUAUUGCGCUUCACAUCUUCCAGCUGAAUGAAGAUGGCCCUAGCAGUGAAAAUUUGGAGGAAGAGACAGAAAAUAUAAUCGCAGCGAAUCAUUGGGUUCUGCCCGCGGCCGAGUUCCAUGGGCUUUGGGACAGCCUGGUAUAUGAUGUGGAAGUCAAAUCCCAUCUCCUCGAUUACGUGAUGACAACCUUACUGUUUUCCGACAAGAAGGUCGACAGCAACCUCAUCACCUGGAACCGGGUGGUGCUGCUUCACGGUCCUCCAGGAACUGGAAAAACUUCCCUGUGUAAAGCAUUAGCCCAGAAAUUGACCAUUAGGCUUUCAAGCAGGUACCGCUAUGGCCAGUUGGUUGAGAUAAACAGCCACAGCCUUUUCUCCAAGUGGUUUUCAGAGAGUGGCAAGCUGGUGACCAAGAUGUUCCAGAAGAUUCAGGACUUGAUUGAUGACAAAGAUGCUCUGGUGUUUGUGCUGAUCGACGAGGUGGAGAGCCUCACGGCCGCCCGCAGUGCUUGCAGGGCAGGCACCGAGCCCUCAGAUGCCAUCCGCGUGGUUAAUGCUGUCUUGACCCAAAUCGACCAGAUUAAGAGGCACUCCAAUGUGGUGAUUCUGACUACUUCCAACAUCACGGAGAAGAUCGACGUGGCCUUCGUGGACCGGGCCGACAUCAGGCAGUAUGUGGGCCUGCCCUCCAUGGCUGCCAUCUUCAAGAUCUACCUGUCCUGCCUGGAAGAACUGAUGAAGUGUCAGAUCAUAUACCCUCGCCAGCAGCUGCUGACCCUCCGUGAGCUCGAGAUGAUUGGCUUCAUCGAGAACAACAUAUCCAAGCUGAGUCUCUUCCUGAGCGAGAUUUCCAGGAAGAGCGAGGGCCUCAGCGGCCGCGUCCUAAGGAAGCUCCCUUUCCUGGCUCACGCACUGUACAUCCAGGCCCCCACCGUCACCAUCGAGGGCUUCCUCCAGGCCCUGUCCCUGGUAGUGGACAGGCAGUUCGAAGAGAGGAAGAAGCUCUCAUCUUGAGGUGCAUCUGGGCUUCCCACGUCAGGGCUCUCUGAGCAUGUCUAGCCAGUGACCCGCCACACAUGCAAGCUGGCCUGGGCCCACCAGCCAGAAACACCAGACAUGCAGGAAGGCAGUGCCUAGUCUGCACGUAUUUUAAUUUCCCAUUAGAAGAUGGCCCCUCAUUUUCACUACUUUCAAGAUGGUAACUCCAGUCCUGUUGCCUCUGUGAAGAACUGUCCUCCUACCGGCCUCCUUCAGACACAGAGCACCAACAGGGUGUUUGAAAGACGACCGGCACAGGCUUCAUAGGAACAGGGACUGCGUCGUGGCCUCCGUACUGGAAACCGGGCUCUGCCUCCACCAGGCACCAGCUCGUCUUGUUGAGGGCAGACGUCUCAGAGGCUGUUGAGGGAAUGAGAAUCUGCUCCUAAGCUACAGGAACCAAGAAGGACUCUGGCUGUGGCGUUCUGCAUAUCGGGUGGGGUCCUGUGUGGGGCUGCUGCUGCCCUGGCCCUGGCCAGCGAGACACAGGUUCUUCUCCCAUUUGUGCAGCGGCCUGAUAUGAGCAGGUGUAAGAUGCUGGCCAGCAGCCACUGCCCACGAGCACUGAGAUUGCUUGAAUCAUGAAGUAAGUUCCACACGAGUGUUCUGAGCAUGUUACCUUCUUGUCAUUGGACUUUCUAAGUACGAAGCUUUCCCAGGAUUUUCCCAUUUUCAUUCUCAUCCCAUUCCCUGGUGCUUAGAAUGGCAUUAAAAAUCACUUGCUUA